AUGCCUUUCGGGGGCUUUGCGGGACUGAAGGAGCGAGUGUUGAAGCCAGGGAAGGAGGAGGUGAAGAAUUCUGUGGGAGACUCUCUGGGGAACCUGCAGAAGAAAAUCGAUGGAACAAACGUGGAUGAGCCAGACCACAUAGAGCUGACAGAGGAUGGGAGGCCGGUGACCGCGCCGAAUCGCAGCGCCCCCCUGCUGGAUUGUGGCUGCUUCGGCCUGCCCAAGCGUUACAUCAUCGCCAUUCUCAGCGGCCUCGGCUUCUGCAUCUCAUUCGGCAUCCGCUGCAACCUGGGCGUGGCCAUCGUGGAGAUGGUCAAUAACAACACGGUCUACAUCAACGGCACGCCCGUCAUCCAGCCUGCUCAGUUCAACUGGGACCCAGAGACAGUGGGUUUGAUACAUGGCUCCUUCUUUUGGGGAUACAUCGUCACUCAGAUCCCUGGAGGUUUCAUCUCUAACAAGUUGGCUGCUAACAGGGUGUUUGGUGCGGCCAUUUUCUUGACAUCUGUACUGAAUAUGUUCAUUCCGUCGGCGGCAAGAGUCCACUACGGCUGCGUUAUGUUUGUGCGCAUCCUGCAGGGACUGGUGGAGGGUGUCACCUAUCCAGCUUGUCAUGGGAUGUGGAGCAAAUGGGCCCCACCUCUGGAGAGAAGCCGUCUGGCCACCACCUCUUUCUGUGGAUCCUAUGCAGGUGCCGUCAUUGCCAUGCCACUGGCAGGGAUCCUGGUACAGUACGUGGGCUGGCCCUCUGUCUUCUACAUAUAUGGUGUCUUUGGGAUUAUAUGGUACACAUUCUGGCUCUUAUUGGCCUAUGAGAGUCCAGCUAUUCACCCUACCAUUACAGAGGAGGAAAGGAUCUACAUAGAGACCACUAUUGGCGAAGGUGUCAAUUUAAUGAGUGCUACGGAGAAAUUCAAAACUCCAUGGCGACGUUUUUUCACAUCCAUGCCUGUCUAUGCCAUUAUUGUGGCCAACUUCUGCCGCAGCUGGACCUUCUACCUGCUGCUCAUCAGCCAACCUGCUUACUUUGAGGAGGUCUUUGGAUUUCCAAUCAGCAAGGUGGGUAUCUUGUCAGCUGUGCCACACAUGGUGAUGACAAUAGUUGUGCCUAUUGGUGGACAGCUGGCCGACUUCCUGCGUAGCCGUAAGAUCCUGUCCACAACAGCUGUCCGAAAGAUUAUGAACUGUGGAGGUUUUGGUAUGGAGGCCACUCUUCUGCUGGUAGUGGGUUUCUCACACACACGUGGUGUGGCUAUCUCGUUCUUGGUACUAGCUGUUGGUUUCAGCGGAUUUGCCAUCUCAGGUUUCAAUGUCAACCAUCUGGACAUCGCCCCUCGCUAUGCCAGCAUCUUGAUGGGCAUCUCCAAUGGGGUGGGAACCCUGUCUGGUAUGGUCUGUCCCCUCAUUGUCGGUGCCCUGACCAAACAUAAGACCCGUUUGGAGUGGCAGAACGUUUUUGUCAUUGCUGCCAUGGUGCACUACACCGGGGUGAUUUUCUACGCUAUUUUCGCCUCUGGAGAGAAGCAGGACUGGGCUGAUCCGGAGAACACCAGUGAUGAGAAGUGUGGGAUCAUCGGUCAGGAUGAGCUGGCCGACGAGACGGAACCUAGCAGCGACAGUGCCCUGGCUGUCAGGAAGAAAACGUAUGGAACCACCACGGAGAGCUCGAUUGGCCAUAAACAAGGCUGGAAGAAGGCGAGAGGCACAACUGUGCAGGAAGAUGACGACCAGGGGUCGUACCAUUACGAAAAUGGAAAUUUUCAAGACCAAUACCAAUGA